GCUCACUUCCACAUACAAACAAGGAAGUCCGGGGCGCGCGCUGGAUUGGGUUUUCUAGCCGGGCGGGUUUAUUUAUUAUGCUCACGUUUGGCUUGACACUCGUUCGACAUGGUGAAACUCAAUACAACAAAGACAAACUACUGCAAGGUCAAGGUAUUGAUACUUCCUUGUCAGAAAUGGGACUACGGCAAGCAGAGGCUGCAGGCCAGUACCUGCAAGACCUUCACUUCACCAAUGCUUUUGUCAGCAAUCUGCAGAGAGCCAUCCAGACUGCUGAGAUCAUCUUGAGAAACAACUUGCACUCUGCUGGCAUUGAGAUGGUGUUGGAUCCUUUGCUCAGAGAGAGGGGAUUCGGUGUGGCUGAGGGGCGGCCCAAAGAAGACCUGAAGAAUAUGGCGAAUGCAGCAGGCCAGGCCUGCAGGGAUUUCACACCACCAGGUGGAGAAACUCUCGAGCAGGUAAAGACACGUUUUCGCAAGUUCCUCAAGUCCAUGUUCCAGCGCAUGCUAACUGACCACUGUCCCAGUAUGUGUCCCAGUUCUAGCCCAGAGUUUCCAGAAUUGCCCCUGCCAACAAUCGCAGGACUCGCCCAUGACGGGGUUGAGAACUUGCGUACCCACGCAUUAGUGGUGAGCCACGGUGCCUUUAUCCGCGUGGCAGUGCGUCACCUGGUGGAUGGUCUGCACUGCAGCCUGCCCCAGGGCCUGAAGAUGAGCCAGGUGUACUCAGCCUGCCCCAACACGGGCAUCUGCAGGUUUGUCAUCACACUUCGAAUGGAAGAGAACGUCCCAAGACCUGUUGCACUCCACUGCAUCUUCAUCAACAGGAAGGAUCACCUCGCCAGCCUCAAAGACUAGAGCUCGAGUAACAACCUAACAAAAUCUGCAUAGAGUUCAGAGACACUCUACGCUUCCGGUCAUUUAAAACUCUAAGGACAAGCCGUCUCCUCUCUAACUAUGGCGUUGGAAGGAGAGAGAAGUUUUCUAAGCAUGUGAUCAGUGUCAUACUGUAUUUUUUAUUUAUGGUCCUGAGAUUUCUGUGUUACACAAUGUGUAUAAACGGUUUUAUAUUUACAGUGUAGAGUGCAAAGACAGUAUUCAUCUGAAACACUAUUUACUGGGAUAGUAUUAUGUAUUAUUAAUGAACUGUAUUAUUAAGGGCAAUGAUGAGAUCUGAUCCCAGAGAAGCUUUGAGUUUUCUCUUGGAAUGACAGGAUGCACUUUUAUAUGCAAUGCAUAGAAUUUUUCAUGUGUGGGGAAAAAAAAUGACAUGUUAAAUUAUUUUAUGCCAUACAGAAUAAAGUGUGAUGAACAGUUUA